AUCACAUUUGACUGCUUUGACCUUCUUCCACCGGUACUAUCAACACGGCGAGAAGAGUAGCAAGCAAGCGAGAACUGCAAACGAGAAGUCACGCGUCCAAAGCCGUCUCCUCGCCCUUUCGACUUUUCCAAUUUGCAGCUCCGCCGCAAUCGAGACACCCCAAUCCACAUCGGCCAUCAGCAACUGCGAGCGACGAGCCCAAGAGACCUGCUCGACGGCACCUUACGAGAUACACGACGAGCUAUUCCUCGCCUUGUCCUCGAAGUCUUGUAGAGCCUCUCCUGCGACAUCGCUCCCGCUAUUCGAGUACAGCCCCUCGCCCGUUGAGCCUUCGCUUCGGUUUCGACCCCUCAUUUUGACAGCCCCGGACAAUGGCGACCCAGACGCACAAGCCUAAGCGCAAGUUUGCGGUGCUCGGAUCCAGAAGCGUCGGCAAAUCAUCCCUGAUUGUGCGAUACGUCGAAGACGCAUUUGUUGACUCCUACUAUCCGACGAUUGAGAACAUCUUUCAGAAGUCGAUCAAGUACAAGGGCCAGGACUACGACUGCGACAUCAUCGAUACAGCAGGGCAGGACGAGUACUCGAUUCUCAAUUCUAAGCACGCCAUCGGCAUCCAUGGCUAUGUCCUCGUCUACAGCAUCGCAUCGCGGAAUAGCUUCGAGAUGGUUCAGACCGUCUACGACAAGAUUCUCAACUACACAGGUACAGAACAUGUGCCGUGCGUCAUGGUGGGACAGAAGAGCGAUCUGCACGUCCAAAGACAAGUGAGCGAAGAGGAGGGCCAGGAGCUGGCGAAUCAGCUCAAAUGCGCAUGGGUCGAGGUCAGCGCUCGGCAUAACCAGAAUGUUGCCAAGGUGUUUGAGCUCAUGCUUGGCGAGACGGAGCGGGGGACGACCGAGGGAGGACCUGAGCCUCAAUCGAGCAAGUGCACCAUUGUCUAGAUGUCAGUCUGUCUCCUCCUCGUGCCCCACGCCGGACAAUUUCUUUUCAACUCGCAUGCCAGCUCGAUCUCAAUUGCUCGUCGCCGCCUGCCGUCGUCGCCAGCAAUAGGCCCCAAAGCGUCCAUCGGUCAUCGUCCAUCCCGCUUUCGAUACCAACCUGCGCUAAUUUGCCCUUCUUCCUUCCCGCAUUUCUUCUUCUGCCACCUUUCUUCGUUGCCAUGGACAGAGCUUUUCUCUCCGCCCUUGCGUGUACAUCAUCAUUAUUCAAUGAGAUAUGCUCUCCACCCAC